AUGAGACUGGAGGAAGCGAAUAAUCAACGUUCCCAGCUCAUCAAUGCAUACAAAACUGCUGUGAGGAAUAUUGAGAAGGAGUUGAAGAAGAAAAGAUUGCCAGUGAAGCGACGAGAGGAGCUCGAGGCUGAACUUGAGCAACUGGAGGUGGACCACAAGGAAGAGCUGCAGGCAUUUGACGAAGAACACGGUAUAGAAAACAAGAAGAAGGAGGUGGAUGAGCCGCCCCCGAAAGAGGAGGAGGAGGAGCCGAAAGAUCUGCGAGUGCGCAAUUGGGGUUCAUUGAGCAAGAAGGAAUUGGAAGAGUCAUGCGCCGCCAGAGGGUUAUCUAAGAAGGGUACCAAAGAACAGCUCAUCUCGAGACUACAGGUUUGGAGCUCGGGUAAAUCGAAUGAUGCCAGGGAACCCGGCACCAUUGACUAUGAGACUUUCCAGCCAGUCCAAAUCCAGCUGUCAGGCCCGAGCAAGAAGGAUGAAUAUCGCGAGAAGCGGAAAAAGCUGUGGAAGCGUCGCGAACAAGCGCCUCUUCGCGAAGGCCCCCGGCCGGGUGACGAGGGCGAAGAGUCCGGUUCGGAUGAAGAAGGAUCUGACGCGGGAGCGAAGCUUGUGCGGAAGGACCGUCCGGCGUCUUCAGCGUCGGAAGACGAGGAGGAGAGGAAGGUUCGUGACUUAGCCGAGCGGCAAGCGAAGCGCCGUGCCGUAGUUAACACCGUGCUGGGACGCAUCCUGGCCAAGUACUCGGAAGGAGUGGUCAUUGACGACAUACCAGAAAAACUUAAGGAAUUCAAGGUCAUAAACUUCUCCCCCGAACUACUCGGUUACAAGUCGCUCGAAGAAUGGAUCAACAGCCAACCGGCCACCCUUCUGAGGUACAAACGAUCUACUCGGCUCGUCAAACCCGUGGCCGGGGUCAUGCCCAGUAGCGACUCAGAUUCAGACCACUCAAACGACGACGACCACUCAAACGACGACGAGUCAGACUCCGACUCCGAAUAA